AAGCCUAAGUCCUAACACUCUGGAGCGUGGAGUCCAUUGACAAAAGCGACUACUUUCUCUGAGAAGAAGGGUGCCGGCAAAGCGUCUGUUUCCCCCCAUUUUCCCGCAUUUUCUUGGGUUUGCCGUCACCGGAACCUGACAGAGUGCGCUGCGGUGCUGACCCACGAACAAUGAGGGUGCUGGGUAUUGGGUUUUUUUGGGUUGUCGUCGAGGGGCUGUUGCUUGUCUCCGGCCAGCUCCAACACAGCCUGUCCAACGCACAUUGGCACUCAGCCACCGCCACCUGGUACGGCAGCCCCGACGGAGACGGCAGCGACGGUGGAGCAUGUGGGUAUGGGUCGCUAGUAGAUGUGAAGCCGUUUAGGGCAAGAGUAGGGGCAGUGAGUCCGGUGCUGUUCAAGGGAGGGGUGGGUUGUGGGGCAUGCUACAAGGUGAAGUGCCUUGACCACAACAUAUGUUCAAGGAGAGCCGUUACAAUCAUAGUAACGGACGAAUGUCCAGGUGGGUACUGCUCAGGAGGGCGCACCCACUUCGACCUCAGUGGUGCAGCCUUCGGUCGCAUGGCUGUGGCCGGAAACAAUAACCAGCUCAGGGACCGAGGCGAGAUCUCCGUCAUUUUCCGCCGGACUCCAUGCAAAUACCCAGGGAAGAACAUAGCCUUUCAUGUGAACGAGGGAUCAACUGAUUAUUGGCUGUCACUUCUAGUGGAGUUUGAAGAUGGAGAUGGUGAUGUUGGGUCCAUGCAUAUAAGAGAAGCAAGUUCAACAGAGUGGCUAGAGAUGAGGCAUGUGUGGGGAGCAAGUUGGUGUAUAACUGGGGGGCCCUUGAAGGGACCAUUUUCAGUGAAGUUAACUACACUAUCAACAGGAAGAACUCUGUCUGCAAGGGAAGUCAUUCCAAGGAAUUGGGCUCCUAAGGCCACUUACACCUCUCGGCUCAACUUCUUCUAGUCCCUGCAGUUGGGGGUCUUCACCCAAAAUAUGAGUUUUCUUAAUGCUAAAGCCUCUCUACUCUCACCCCCCAUGACACCCAAGAAAAGUAGCCCUUGUGGGGUUGUGUUCCUCAGGCAAGAAAAGUAGCCGUUGGAGCGCACAAAAGGCAUCCCAAUGCUCUGUUUGCCUCUUUGUUUUUUCUUUUUUUCUUUUUCCCUACUUUGUUAGUGUGUAAUUGGUAUAGUUUUUUUGGAGCCCUCUCCUAAGGAGAGAGAGCUGUAUUUUCAGUCUUGUGGGGUCUGGUAGUUUUUAGUGUAUCAGGGCCAUUGAAUGGCCUUGUUGCUAUUGUAGCUUGCAAUGGGUUCAUAUGGGACCUCUAUGUACUAUUUCCUAUAGUUAAUAUCAUCAUAUUAUUGAAGCUUAUUAAUGGA